UGACCAGUUUGUGCUAUUAACGAGCGUGGGUAGACCGUCAUCGGUUUAUCUCAGAGAGGACGCGCGUACGGAUUGCUGGCUUGAUGAUAUAGUUAAUAUAAUCCAUUCUGUAUUGAGUGCAAAUCAGUUGAGCAAGACAGGAGAACGAGACAAGAUUGUACAAAAUAUUAAGAGACGAUUCUUAUUGGAUCUGUAACCGAUUACAGUAUAAGCUUAACAUAAGUCAUUUGAACUAUUAUUGUUUCAAAUAGUAGUCUCGUUCAUUGUUGGUCUGUUAUGAUGUUCACGGGAGACAAUGUACCCAGAGAUGGACGGAGAUUCGCGUCCCCUGAGAUGCACAAUUCCUCCCAAAUGUACAAAACUGAAACCCCGAAGCUCCGCGGGUCAUCUUUAUCCAAGGAUGUGCGACGUACGAGGCAUAGAGAGAGCACAAUUGUGUCGCCAAAAUGCGCUCGUUGUAAGAACCACGGGGUGAUAUGUCCACUGAAAGGACACAAAGGCCUGUGUAAGUGGAAAGAUUGUUCGUGCAAGAAUUGCUCGUUGAUUCUAGAACGGCAACGAAUAAUGGCAGCCGAACAGAGCGUACUCAAGGAAAUGGCUGGCCUAAAACGAGAAGGUGCGGCGACUCUGGAAUCAUUGCCAUCGAUUUCUCAUGAAAACAAAUCAACGCUGAACGAUAACAUGACUGGAGUAAGGGAAUACAUCUGCCUUCAUUUUGGUGCCGACGAAGCGCGCACGACGAUGGCCGAGUUAGAGAAAUGCGGCCAUGAUAUGGAGCCUCAAGCGUGCUACAUAAACAUCCUGCGACGUCUUUUUCCUGACAUCAAACCAAAAGUACUACAGCUGCUGCUGGUAGCAUGCGACAGCGAUCUAAUAAAGACUGUUGAGACCAUUUUACCGUGUUGUAAAAAGAUGAAAACAAACGGACACAUUACAUACACUAAAGUCACGUCUCCUCCGACCAAAAUGAUGAUGCUGUCGAGAGCUCACAAAUUCCCGACUCGAAUCUUAGACAAAAGGGACAUGCUAAGGUACACACCCUACCCCAUAGGAAGAACUUUCAGUCGCUACCCCAGUUUAUUUGUCCCACCGUACACCCCAGUACCAAGCAAUGAUAACUGUGGUCUAUGCAUACCAAGCCGUCUUCUACCGCCCUACUACAUCUCAAAAGGCUCGCCAGAUGACGUCCUCUCAAGAAGUCAAACAGGCUUUCCCUACUACACCACACCGAAGUACAACUUUGCCGAAUGCAAGACUGUCACAUCUUCGCCCACGGUGGAAAUUGAAGACACGCGAACGACAACAGCGGCUGCAACUCUCAUCUCGUUGAGCAAUUCCUAAAUCACACCCAGAUUCCCGCAAUCUCAGAGAGUACUAUCAACGUUAAAUCAAAGUUUCGUUGGCCGGCUUCAAGCCUCCACGCGCCACGUUUGAAUAACUCAAAACAGCACUCGCUGAAUCAUAGAAGGUCUUGAAAGAGACCUCAAAGACGAUGUAUAAUCACAAGACUAAAUAUCGCUGUAAUAUGCAGGCUAAAUUAUUAUAGAUCGUAUUGUCCAUCAUGCAGCUCAAUACUGCAUGUAAAUAUCACACAAUUGUAAAUUAUCUACACCUUGUGCUCUCAAAAGACGCAACGCUUUGCAAAAACAAAGGAUUUUCAUUCUUGUUCAAAAUGAACUAAACAUAAUGGGAAAAUGACCUAACCUUUUAAGGCUCUGUUUCAAACGACGCACUUUAUGUGCCAAAUCUAAUGGAAAGCAAAGACUAAACGUCAGGUUUGGCGUCUGAAACGGGCCUUAGGGUAUUUUCAUGGAGGGUUGUUACAGAUCUGACAGAGCUCAAAUAAGUUUUUAAUGCCUCAAAGGUAUUUAGCUAUAUUAGCUUGUAGAAGGAACGGUCUCUACUGUUUAGAUGUUCUGACCUAGUGUGUUAUCCAAUAUCAUAUUUUAUAAGGGUUUCAAAAUUAUGACAUUACACCUUAAAAUGUGAAUGUUACGAAUACGCGCUGAGUUUUGCAAGCCAAACAAACGUAAACUUUUGAAAGUUUAAAAUGUUUGGAUACUAAAUGCAGUCAUGUUAACAUUGCUGUAGAAAUUUAUGUACAUUAGUUGGGAUAUAUUUAUAUACAUGAAAGUUUUCUAAUUUAAGACAAUCAUUAAAAAUAAAGG